AUGGCAGAUGGCUCAGUUGAUCAGACCUCUGGUACAUUGAACCCGACGGAUGAACCAGCUCAUUAUAUCUGGGAGGUGCCAGAGUAUCCUGAGGUUAAUAGAAUGGAUGGAGUUAAGAGAUGCUAUGUUACUGAGAUUAGAAUAACCAACUUCAAGUCGUAUAAUGGGGAACAUGUGGUACCACUUACCAUACCAACGAGGCCAAUGAAUACACAGAGCUCAUCUGAUGAUCGCGGAGAUGAACAGGCUGAAGAGGACAGAGUGCCCCUCACCCUUACUGGUGUCAUAGGCCCUAAUGGGAGUGGCAAGAGCAAUCUACUGGAUGCUGUGUGUUUCUGCCUGUGUGUGGGAGCUAGGAGACUACGUAAUGAUCGUCUCAAGAGUCUCCUGAAUACCAAUGCUGUCACGGAGGCUAAUGGGGACUCUUCAGCCAGCGUGUCUCUCACAGUGAGGAUUGAGAAGGAGUCAGGAGAUGCCGAGACUGGGCGCAAUCUAUGUGACACAACAUUCACUAGAUCGAUCACUAUGAAGCCUGUUGAUGACCAUGCUAGACGGGAUGUUGGGGAGGAAGAGGGAGGCCAUGAUGAUGAUGAUACCCUUGCACGAGGAUCUGUGGUUGGUUCUGUCUAUCGGGUUAAUGAUGAGAUAUGCACGCAGACCCAGUACAAAACAGAGCUCCUGAAGCACCAUCUCGAUGCCGAUGCCUCCUUUUUCCUCGUGUUACAAGGACAGAUAGACAGGCUCCUCUCGAAGGAUGAUGCGAUGUCCAUCACCAAGGCGAUCGAGGCUGCAUCAGGAUCUUGGCGAUACCGGAAGGAUUAUGACAUUGUGGCCAAGAAGAAGGAGCAUGCUGAGGAUGCGGUUGCAAGGCUAAUUGCUAAGAGAAGACAAAUUAAUCAAGAGCUCAAUGCACUGGCAGCUCAAGUACAGGAGGCUGAUCGAUACAAGGAUAGGAAGGCCGAGCUGGAGAAAAAGCAACGUGAUAAGCUCACAUACAGCCUGUAUGAGAUAGAGAAGGAGGCGGAUGCCUUAUUGGAAUCCAGUGAAGGGUUGCUGGAGAGCUACGAAGAAGCCAAGGCAGCAGUACAAGAAGCACAGCGGCAACAGAAUGCUGCAGGGGAGGAGAGGAAGGCGAUGGCUGAGGAACAUGACCGUCUGCAGAUGAGUUUGGAGAAGGAACGCAGAAAAAGAGAAGAGACAGAGGUAACAAUGGCAGAGCUGCGAGGCAAGAAGAAGCAACUGACAGCUAGUGAGGUGGAGGUGGCUGGGCGGAUCGAUACCACGAGGAAGAGCUUACGAGAUCUGGAGGACAGGCUUGGAGAUAUUGACGACAGGAUCGUGGAAGUCAAAGCUGCUCUAGAGGCUCUGACCAUCCGUCGUGGUAAGGUAGAUGAUGAGAUUGGAGGAGGAGUCUUAACAGAAGAGAUAGUUGAGGAGUGUGGACAAAUCGAGGAGAGAGCGCAGGGAGUUGCUGCCUCCAUUGAGAACUCUAUCGACGCAUGCAAGGAGCAGCAAGUGUUGUUGAGCCAAUGUAUCGACGAGGCUAAGGCUACCAUCACUCGCUUGGAGGAGACCAAGGCUUUGAGGCAACGCGAGGUUGAUGAUGCAGGAACUGGCAUGGAUACCUUACGGGAACGGCUGCAUGCCCGAGAGCUUGCUGUAGCAGAGGAGAGGAGGGAACGGGUGGAAAGGAGAGAGGCUAGGAGGGUGGUCGAGGAGAGAUUAGAGAAGGCUAGAAGGGAACGGCAGGCCGUAGCUGAUGAGCUCUCAUUGAUGAGGGCUGGUCAUCGUGAGAGUGAGAGGGCAGCCACACUCAGAGCUAAUGUUGAUCGACUUAUCAAAGAAGGACCACUUGAGGGGGCUCGUGAUGGAACAUCUCUCGAUGGUCGAGGUAAGGGUUACCUGAUCCUUGGGCUGGUAUCCGACUUGGUACGCCCAUCGCAUAAGAAGUAUUCCCAAGCUAUAAGGGCUGCUAUUGGUCGGCAACACUUGGAGGCAGUCGUGGUCGGGACUAGAAAAGAUGCAUUGGCUUGCAUAAGAUGGUUGAAGGAGAAGAAGAUACCUCCUAUGACAUUCAUCCCGAUUGAGGACAUAGACCUGCCUGGGCUCCUGCUAUCAAAUGAAGAUAUCCCUUCCAAUUCCGGGUUGCGGCGUGCUGAGGACUGUGUUAAAGCCGUCAAUCGGGUACCGUCGCACUUGGAGAGGGUAGGAGCAUCCCAACGCGGCAUCGUAGAAUCAAUAGAUAAACUCCAUAGAUGGUUGCUAGGCAGGAGCGUCGUAGCAGACACCUUGGCCCAGGCUCGUUCUGUAUUGUCUCGUAGUGGACGGAGAAAGUCCCCAGUGAUGUCGUCUGGUGUGAAGGCUGUCACUCUGGAUGGGGAUACGAUUGCACGGAACGGCAACAUGACUAAUGGGCAGGGUACAGUGCGUGGCAAUACUGGAGAUCUUUGGGAUGCCCAACAGAUUGCCUCACUCAAGGCUGAGUUGACACAGAAAGACGGUGACAUCGUUCGGAUAGAGAAACAGCUAGAAGAGUUCAGUGAUAUCAAAGGGGAUGUUGGGGAGGCCGUCGAUGGUGAUGAUGAUCGCCCGAAAGACCUCCAGACCGAAGUAUUAAGGUUGGAGAUAGAGACCUCGGAGAAGGAUAGGCAAAUAGCAGAGGAGGAGAUCGCUCGCCUGGAGGCUAGGAUAGAAGAAAUUCGACAUAGUCUAACAGAUUUGGACACACAACGGGAGGAGACUACGAACCGCAUGAGGGAUCUUCAGCAAGAACUCAGCGAUAAAACUAAGAACUUCUAUGAGGACAUCAACAAGCGGGUCUUUGGGGAGGAUGCGGCGGACAGUGAUCAGGAUGUGAUGGCGUUGAUAAGAGACCGAAAGGAGUUGAUCGACACUAUCGAUAGAGAGAUGGGCCGACUAGAGCAGCAGAAGGAUAUGCUAGAGGGGAAGCGGGAAGGAUUGAUUGAAGAUUUGGAUCGAUGGAGAUCGAAUCUCGCCUCUCAAGAGUCAAGUCUGAAGGAACUGCGCCGUGGUCUAGAAGAGCUACUUAAUGAGGAGGAAGAAGUGCGCACUGAACACGGUGCGAGAGGGCAGACAGAUGGAGAGACCGUGAAGGAAUUGGAGGCAGCAUUGGAAGAGGCGAUUGCUCGCAGAGAUGAAGCAUCCAAUCGAUUUGAUGUGGCCGUCCAGCAGUUGAAGGCCAGUAUUGAUCGCUGUAAUGAAGUGAGAGUUGUUGUUACCAAGGAGGAGCAUAGACUACAGCAACUGAGAUAUCAUCAUAUGCAACUGGUGAGAUCAAUCCUGUCACAGCCAAGAGAGCAGCAGCAGCAGCAGCAUCAGCAUUCUAUAUUGAGUACUCAAGUAGAGGAGGAGGAUAAGCUGCCUUUCGAGAACGCUAGCGAGGUCUUGCCAGCUCUGAAACGAAUUCUAUUCGAGAGAGGGUGUAGUGACGAUGAGGAGGACGAGGGUACACAGGAUAUCCUGGAUGAAUACGAUGCACUGGAGUUGAAGGUCGAUCAAGGCAUCGUGGGGAGGAUCCUAUCGGAGGCUUCAUCAAGGCGAGGAGCUAGAGCAGGAGGGAAGGAAGUAAUGGCUGUACUCGAGGAUGAGAUAGAGCGGUUACAAGAGAUUAUCACACAUUUGAAGCCAAACCUCAGGGCAUAUGAUCGGAAUGAGGAGAUGAGGAGAGCGCUUACAGCAGUCACUCGGAGCCUUGAAGCGGCAAGAUUGGAAGCAACUGAGAUUGGACAGCAUUUCGAGGCCGUUAAGAACGCACGAAGGAAUAGAUUCAAUGAGUGUUAUGCGUUCGUCCGGGAACGUGUCAUGACUUAUUAUCGGCAGUUGACGUCUCGAGUGGCAUCCCAUCGGCGAACUGCAGACAGUGGCGGAGGAACACCAGAGGAUGUUCCCCUCACUCCUGGCCCUCAUGGGAGAGCAGCAGCGCCCACCGGUCGGGGGUCUGGUCAGAACGAUGCAGGUGGAUCUGUAUACUUGGAUGCUGAGAAUGUGACCGAGCCGUACUUGGGUGUAGUACAGUUCUCAGCCCACCCAGAAAGUGACCGUUUUGUCGACAGCCAACUCCUCUCUGGUGGAGAGAAGACCAUAGCUGCGGCAGCUCUUCUCUUCUCCCUAUUUGCAUGGCAAAGGCCCGCAUUGAUACUUCUCGAUGAGGUGGAUGCUGCAUUGGAUAAGAUGAAUCUGUCAACUCUCUCGCACUUCAUUCUAGGGCACACUUCUCAGUGCAAAGACCCCGAUGGAAUACUACAGGUUAUAUUGGUCAGCUUGAAAGAGAGUUUCUAUGCUAAGACGCAGGCUCUGGUAGGAGUCUACAAGGAUCCCCUAAAAGAUGAUUCUCAUCUUCUCUCGCUCGACCUACGACCGUAUAAUGGUGAUGCCGCAAGCGGGGAGGACAGUACUGACAGUCAUUACUCACAGCAAGUUACUAAGCGGACUGCACAACACCCUAGAAAUGACUCGUCGUUGGACAGCACCAACCAUCGCCGGAUGGGAGGUUGAUGAUCUAUCGCGAAGGGAUUGGAUUCCAAUAUGUGGUUCCAUCGAAUAUAGGGGAUCUCAUAGAACUUGUAAUCUAUGCGUAUGAUGCCAAUUAGCUACUUGGAUAAAGUUUCUCGGUA